AACUUCAUUUCUUUCCUGCGCCGCCGACCAAACAGAUUCCUCGGAGGAAACCUAAACCCCGGCGGAGGAAACCAUGCGUCGUCACUCAGCAAUUGCUCUCCGAAACCUAUUCACCAGAAGCUGUCCACGAGUCUCUCAGAAUCUAAGCACUACCUCUUCUCCAGCUGCCGUAAACUCGCUCGGCGGCGUCUCGGGCCGUAUCUGGUCUCCUUCGCCGUGUCGGAUCCCCAACGCGUCAUCAAACGUCUCCCACGAGAAUAAUCAGAGGAGAUUCAGCAGCGACUCUAACGGGCCAGAUGUGAACAAGGUUGUGGACGAGAUCAAUCUAAAGUUCGCGGAGGCGCGCGAGGAGAUCGAGAUGGCGAUGGACGCGAAGGAGACGGUUUACUUUAACGAGGAAGCGGAGUGCGCGAGAGCAGCCGUGGCGGAGGUUAUGGAGAUGUUCGAGGGUUUGCUCGGGAAGGUAACGGAGAAAGAGAAAUCGUCUCUGCAGAGGUCCAUGGGGUUGAAGAUGGAACAGCUGAAAGCUGAGCUUCAACAGCUUAACGAAUGAUUGAUUGGUUGAUGAGGUUUGAUUCUGUGAAGAACGAAAGAGGGUUAGUAAUAUCAUCUUCGUUUUUUGUUACCGAGCCAUUGUUGUUCUUGUCUGAUUCAAUAAAUGUACUCUUUGGAUUAGAGAAACAAAACGUGAAAACAGAUUCAGUUGUGUGCUUUGA